AUGAAUGAUCUGAAGAAUUUGACCGGCUUUGCUAAAAAUCUCUCUUGGAUUGGACUUUACAAGGGAAGGCAAUUGUGGAAAUGGGUGGACGGAUCGAUGGCCCAUUAUUUCAACUGGUAUAAACUUGGGGACUGUGCCUCAAUAAGAAGUGAUGGAUUUUGGAACAACAGGUCAUGUGGUAAUGAAUUACCCUAUGUGUGUGGGAAAUUUCCAAUGUGGGACUUGGAUGAGUCACAAUUGUCUUGGUCUAAUGCAAACAAUUCCUGUGACGGAGAAACCCUGGCUAUUUUACACAAUGCGAACGAAAACGGAAAUGUCACCGGUGUGCUCAAAGGGAAUGAAGCCUGGAUAGGGUUAUCCAAAGAUUCUCAAAACUGGUUAUGGGUGGACCAGACUCUCCUCACAUACUCCAACUGGUUCACCAACUUUUUGUGUGCAACGAUGGAUUGCGAAGGCUUCUGGCAUGACACCUCUUGCUUUGAGAAGAACCCAUUCGUCUGCAUUGGUCAAAUCAACAGUAAUCUCACAUACGAGCUGUUCAGUGAGAGUAAAACCUGGAAAGAAGCUCAGAGCCACUGCGAGAUGGGGAACAUGAAGCUGGCCAUGUUGAAAACCGAAGAAGAUAUCACUCCACUAUUGGCUCAAAUCUGUAAAACUGAUAUGGACAGUCAUUACUUUUGGAUCGGGUUAUAUAAUGACCCUUGGUUUUGGAGUGCUGCAUGGGGUACAGAUGUUAGAAACUGGAACAGAAUGCAACCUGAUGUACGCUCCAUGAUCCUGCUGUCAGAACACAAAUCAUGGGAAGAGGCGUUGAAUCACUGUAGACACAAAUAUGUGGAUUUGGCCAGUCUGGGAUCAGAAGCUGAACAAGAGGUUGCUGUGAGGAAAAUCGAAGAUGUUCAGAGUGUUUAUGUGUGGACUGGACUACGUUUUCUGGCAGGUUCUUGGUUCUGGGUGUAUGGGGAUGGUUUACAGUAUGAGAACUGGAUAGGUGGUGAACAGCCACAGUGUCCAGAUGUCACACGUCGCUGUGGUGCUCUCGCUGUAGCGACGGGGAAGUGGGAGCCCAGAUCAUGUGAGGAAAAACUGGAGUUUCUCUGUUUCCAGAAAUGA